AUGAAUUCAAAGUUUUAUCCAAAGCCAAAUAGAAAAAUAUCGCUAUAAGUUUAAUAUAAUAGUCCAAAGCAAAGUAAACAAGCCAAGAGAAAAGAGAUUGAGUCUUAAAAAGAAAUCAGUAGUGAGUUUUUAAUUCGUUAAAAAGUAUAUGAAGAUCUUUACAAAUUUCCCAAUUUCCAAAGUGAAAGUAUAGUAAAUACAUCAGAAAGAAAGGAGGCUUAAUAUAAUAAAUUUAGAACCAUAAUUCAAGAGGCUAAACAAAGAUUUAUUAAUUCAGAUUCAUAACAAAACAAAUACAAUCUCGAAAAACAGCAAAGCUCAAUGAAAUUUAUAGUUGAGUAUUUAAGGGAUUAAAAAAGAAUUCAAAACAAAAGUAAGGAGUUUUUUAAUUAAACUUAAAACACCAAGAAAAUUGAAUUAAAUAUACUUUUGUCCUUGGCAAUCCCAAUACUAUGCUUCAUUGUAGUCUUUUUAGAGUUAUUUAAAUAGAAAUCGAUAAUAAUAUGA